GGGGUCAGCGCCACCAAAGGCACGGGGGCGUUUUCGUGCGGGUUUUGCGGAACGGUCCGUUGCGGUGGAUGCGUGAUUGAGGUCCCGCGGCUAAUAAUCACCCCCCUUUUUGGGGCCGGAGUGCACGGCGCGGAGGAGCAGCCGGAAAAAGGGUGAUGUGCCAUCAGCCACUGGGGGGCAUCUGUCCUCUCUGCCACCUGUUCAUCCUCUGAAGCUUAUGGGAUAGGAGUGUGUCUGCCCCUUCCUGACCACUCUGCAUCCCAACUGGAGUCACUUGUGCCAAAGCCGAAUUGUGUUGAAGGAGAAGAGAUGGGCAGCCCGGGCUCUGAAGUGGGUCUAGGCGGGUCAGUGGAGCCGGCUCUGGAGGCUCUGUGUCCAGAGUGCGGCCAGAUCCACCGCAGCUGGGAAAACCACCUUUACAACUACCGUCUGGAAGUGGACGACGAUCUGGUGUGCCACAUCUGCCUGCAGCCACUGGUGCAGCCACUUGAUACACCGUGUGGACACACCUUCUGCGCCCGCUGCCUGCGUAGCUUUCUCCAGGAGAGGGACUUCUGCCCUCUGGAUAGGACACGGCUGCAGCUGCAGGCAUGCCGCAGGUCCAGCAUCCUGGUGCACAAGCUGCUGGACAAGCUGUCUGUGUCCUGCCCUUUGACCCCGGUCUGCUCCCUCAGCAUGCCACGAUGUGACCUGGAGGCGCACCUUAAACACAGGUGUCCUGGGAUGCGGUGUCAGCAGACGAAUGGGGACGGUCCACGAUGCGAGAGCGGGGAUGAGCGAGCGAUGGUGAACAGCCCUCCUAGGUCACCGCAUACUCCACAGACAGAGUUGAGGGACCGCACGCCCUCACCGCCCUCUGGACCCAAUAACAGCUGCAGUAAUGGGCCUGUGUGGACAGAUGAUGCUGGCCUUGACAACCCUGCCUUUGAGGAAAGCACAGAAGAAGACAGUGUAGUAGGGUUGGAGUGCGUGGUCCCCAGGGUGAAGAGGCCCCUCAGUAAUCCCUGUAUCCAUCUCCUCCGCUCUGUUAGCUCCACUUCCUCUGGCUGGGACUGCCCUGAAUCCCCGCCUCUGUCUGCCGAGGAGGGCUGUGUGAAGCUGCCCUCCCUUCCUGAAGGAGAGAUAACUGCCAUAGAGGUGCACCGUGCAAACCCAUACGUCGAGCUGGGAAUCAGCAUCGUUGGUGGAAAUGAGACUCCGCUCAUCAAUAUUGUGAUUCAGGAAGUUUACCGAGACGGGGUCAUCGCACGGGACGGGAGACUGCUGGCUGGGGAUCAGAUACUCCAGGUAAACAACGUGGACAUCAGUAACGUACCGCACAGUUUUGCUCGCUCUACCCUGGCACGCCCUUGUACCACCCUGCAGCUGACUGUGCUUCGGGAGCGUCGCUGUGCAUCUCGGGCGCCUCCCUCCUCUUCCUCCUCCACCCCAGCAGUGCCCCAUGCCCCCUGCUCCACUCCCGAAGUCACCCCGCCCAGCCCUGCCACGCUAAGAAUUACCCUACAUAAGCGAGAUUCCACAGAGCAGCUCGGCAUCAAGCUGGUCCGGCGAACAGAUGAGUCAGGGGUGUUUGUGUUGGAUCUCCUUGAGGGAGGCCUAGCUGCCAAGGAUGGCAGACUGCGGAGUAACGACCGCGUGCUCGCAGUAAAUGAACAGGACUUACGGCACGGCACCCCAGAGCAGGCUGCUCAAAUCAUACAGGCCAGCGGAGAACGAGUCCACCUGCUGAUUGGCCGUCCCAGCAAACCAACUCCACCCCCACCGCCAAAGUCGAGCUCCACCAGAGACCUCUACUGCCUUGAUCACUUCCUGCCUAACCACAGCUCUACCCCGAGUCCUGUGGCCAUACACCUGUCCCGCACCAGCACCCACAGAGACCUGUCCCAGUGUGUGACCUGUAAGGAGAAACACAUCACUGUGAAGAAGGAACCGCAUGAGUCUCUGGGCAUGACUGUUGCAGGAGGGCGGGGCAGCAAGAGCGGGGAGCUGCCGAUCUUUGUGACGAGCGUCCAACCACACGGCUGCUUGUCAAGGGACGGACGAAUCAAAAGAGGUGAUGUGCUGCUGAGCAUCAACGGGCAGGACUUGACGUACCUGAGCCACAGUGAGGCUGUGGGCACCUUGAAGGCCAGCGCUGCGUCGCCCUCGGUCCAGCUGCGAGUGCUUGAGGUCAGCAUGGUGGAAGAGCAAGACCAUGACGAGCUGCUGCCUCACACUCAUGACAGUGACUUCGAUGCCAACUGGUCGCCAUCAUGGGUCAUGUGGCUGGGCCUGCCCAGCCCUCUUUCACUCUGCUCUCCACCCUCUCCUUGCAGCUACCUGCACAGUAGUCACGAGAUUGUCCUGCGCAGGAGCCACCCUGGCAGCUGGGGAUUUAGCAUCGUCGGGGGAUACGAGGAAAGCCACGGCAACCAGGCGUUCUUCAUCAAGACUAUCGUCCUCGGGACACCCGCGUACUAUGACGGCCGCCUCAAGUGUGGUGACAUGAUAGUGGCAGUCAACGGCCUGUCGACAGCAGGAAUGAGCCACUCUGCGUUGGUGCCCAUGCUGAAAGAGCAGCGCAGCCGGGUGGCACUUACUGUAGUCUCCUGGCCCGGCAGUCUAGUAUAGCUGGGCCAGAUCAUCAGCAGGUUGUGCACUCCAUAGAGUCCACCCAGAAUGUUCUAUAUUGGGAACAACCUUGGCCAAAGUGAACUGGUACAUGCUACUGUACAUCGCUCCAUAUCGGGCUUAAUCCAGGACCAAACGCAUUCAGAACUACUGAAGACCCAGCAGGACCAAGCCUGUCCUGACCAGGUGGGAACUGAUCCAGAUCGUGCCACGUCACGCGACAGACUGCAUUCACACACACACUCCUGAGAUCAUAUGGUCAUGUUGUCUUCACUCCCACAGGGAGAAUAGUACUGCAACUGUUAACAGGCGAUCUGUGCUGUAUUCACCUCACCAGGCAGUUGUAGAAUCCAGGGCUAUAUUCAGGUGGAUGCAUCGUUGCAGGUAGAGAUUAAAUAUUUUUGAGAAGUAGUCUGCGAUCCGUCAUCUAGGAUAAUGAAUGUUAAAUCAGUUAUAAAUCAAGAUGUUCUGCAAGACCAGUGCUGUAUCCAGCUGAAUAAGCCUCAGGCCUUAUUAGAAACCUGCCACACCCUGGGGGCUCAGCUGCCCUUAGGCCUCAUCACCAUGAAAACCAGCUGUCCCAUCAGCUGGAGUUUUAUACAUGUGUUUGAAUGUGUGCCGUUUGUUUAAUAAACACUUCU